CCCGGGCGGGCGUCGGGGGAGAGGGUGUGUGUGUGUAGGCUGGGAGGAGGGGGAGCGACUGCGCUCCCCGGGUCAAGGCGGGGGGUGCCCGGAGCGGGGUGGGGAUGCCCCAGGCUCGGGGAGGGGCCGCAGCUCUGUCAGCCGUGGCAGAGCCGCCCGGGAGCUCCGCUCGAGUAGAGCCAGAGUCCCCAGCUCCUCGCUCGCCCUCUUCGCUCGCUUUCUCGAUCACUCCCUCCCUUCCUCCCUCCCUUCUUCCCGGCGGCCGCGGCGGCGCUGGGAAAGCGGCGAAGAGGAGUGGCCCUGCCCUGGAAGAAUGCGGCUCCGCCGAGGGGGCAGAACCCGACGACGCAUUCUCCCCACGGUUUGAGCAGCCCGAGUCCAGGCGCCCGGACCCGCCGGCCGUGGACCCCGCACCAGAGCCGCUGGAGGCCCUGAUCGGUCUGCCCACCGGGGCCUUCGGGCCGGGGCUUCGACAUGCGGGAGCAGCCCCGGCCGCGGCCUCCGCCCUGGGGCCUCGCGGGCCUCCUGGCCCUGCUGCCGCACCACAGCGCCAUCCUGAAGCGGGGUUUCCGUGAGAGUGCCUUUUCCUUCUCCAUGCUGGCUGCUGGUGUCAUGCACGCGGUAGCCACAGCCUGCAGCCUGGGCAAGCUGGUGAGCUGCGGCUGUGGCUGGAAGGGGAGUGGCGAGCAGGAUCGGCUGAGGGCCAAACUGCUGCAGCUGCAGGCACUGUCCCGGGGCAAAAGUUUUCCCCACUCCCUGCCUAGCCCGGGUCCUGGCCCAGGCCCCAGCCCCAGCCCCAGCCCCCAGGACACAUGGGAAUGGGGUGGCUGUAACCACGACAUGGACUUUGGAGAGAAGUUCUCUCGGGAUUUCUUGGAUUCCAGGGAAGCUCCCCGGGACAUCCAGGCACGGAUGCGAAUCCACAACAACAGGGUGGGGCGACAGGUGGUAACUGAAAACCUAAAACGGAAAUGCAAGUGUCAUGGCACUUCAGGCAGCUGCCAGUUCAAGACCUGCUGGAGGGCAGCCCCAGAAUUCCGAGCAGUGGGGGCAGCAUUAAAGGAGCGACUGGGCAGGGCCAUCUUCAUUGAUACCCACAACCGCAACUCGGGAGCCUUCCAGCCCCGCCUGCGUCACCGCCGCCUCUCAGGAGAGCUGGUUUACUUUGAGAAGUCUCCUGAUUUCUGUGAGCGAGACCCCACUGUGGGCUCCCCAGGCACGCGUGGCCGGGCCUGCAACAAGACCAGCCGCCUGCUGGAUGGCUGUGGCAGCCUGUGUUGUGGCCGUGGGCACAACGUGCUUCGGCAGACAAGAGUUGAGCGCUGUCAUUGCCGUUUCCACUGGUGCUGCUAUGUGCUGUGCGAUGAGUGCAAGAUCACAGAGUGGGUCAACGUGUGUAAGUGAGGGUCAGCCUCACAGCAGGCUGGGGAAGGGGAGGGGCGCCUUUUCAGCCUUUUGCUCUAAUUUCUGUCCAAGGUCAAUCCUGACCCCUGGAAGUUCAAAGUAUCUACCUGGAAACACCUUUGGGCGUGGGGUGCGGGUCAGGUGGAAUCUGUCAUGUGUGGCCUUCUCCUCCACAGUUGAGGGGCCUUGGAGUGGGGGGGGGAUGUCACCCCUCUUUUACUCCUUAAACACCUGUAUGGGCUAAGAUGAAAUGCACUGUAUUGUCCCCCUCUCCCCAACCCUGGGCCUUUAACUCGGAUUCAUACUCCUUUCAACUGGGGAGUCCCUAUAGUUUGACCACUCUUCUCCUUUGAGGGCUAGCUCCAGGCAUUGUGUAGAGCCAUGAGACCUAUAUCCAAAAAGAAACCACUCACUCUCUUUGCUGUUCAUGAACUCCUCUACUGCGGCCUGAGCCCCCUCUUGUGGGGUAAUGGGAAACGGUGGUAGAGGGGUUUUUCUUAGGGAUGGAACAGAGUGCUGAGGGGGGAUGCUCUCCCCUAAGUUCUCAGUCAUCUGUCCAGGCCCUUAGGGAAGCUAUCUGCCCUCCACCCGCCCCAUUCAGAUGUUAAAGGGGAGCCUCCAAAGGAAGAGUUUUACCUACAACUUUCUGAGCCUCUCUUUCUUUCUUUAGCAGGAGGGGUGGGAAUGGAUAAUUUAUUGUACUGAGAUUUGUUCUUGGUUCCUGUUUAUAACUAAAAUAAAUUAAGUUACUGGACUGGUG